UAAUCUUCCACCGUAUUUCCGCGUUCACGCAGUUAUCAAUGACUCUUUGUGGAGGUGUACCAGCAGCAUCGUCGCUGCUGUUGUUGUUGUUAUUAUCAUCGCCCUGCACGGUGGCGGCUGAUUGUUGUUUCCUCUGAAUCAAUGAGACCUUAACUACCAGAGGAGCUUCCUCCAUCUCCUCCUCAUCCUCAUCCCCCCAGCAGCCACCGCUUCCUUUCGAGCCCUGUCGUCGAGCAGCAGCAGCGCGGACGAGCUGGGGGGGAAUCCGGGGAAAGGGAGCCGCGGCGCCGCGCACCGGCCGACGGACACAGCGUCGCGGCGCGGCGGCGGUGGCGGCAACAACAACAUGCUCACCCGGGUCAAGACGGCCGUGGCCGGGUUCAUGGGUGGGAUUAUGACCGGGGGAAGCUCCGGUGCGGGCGGGAAUUCGUCUUCGGAUUUGCCGCUGAAAUUUCCCUAUAUGAGACCUGAGUUCCUUGGACUGUCCGCGGAUGAAAUCGAGUGCUCCGCGGACCACAUAGCCCGGCCCAUCCUCAUCCUGAAGGAAACCAGGAGAUUACCGUGGGCCACCGGAUACGCUGAGGUGAUCAAUGCUGGUAAGAGUGCGUUGAAUGAGGACCAGGCCUGCUGCGAGGUGGUCGUGGCCAGAAGGAGACCGAUGAGCUACUGUCCCCCGUCCACGCCCAGCAAGACCCCGACAGCCAAGAGACGCAACUCGCUCCCCAACGGCGAGGCCCUGGGUCUCCGCGUGGAACACAUGAUGGGCGAGGAGAGCGAAGGGCUCGUUUUCCACUACUGGGCUUUGUUCGACGGCCACGCCGGCUCAGGCGUGGCCGUCGUCGCCUCCCGCCUGCUGCAGCACCACAUCGCCUGCCAGCUUCAAGCCGUCAUAGAGAUCCUGCGCAACUGCCACUCGCCGCCCCCCACCGUGCUGGGUGAGGAGCCCGACAGCAGCCCCUACAUGCAGGGAAACCCCCCGGGGCCGCACCGCGCCCUGACGCGGGCCGCCUCGCUGCGGGGGGCUGCCGGCGCCCCGAGCUCGCCGAGCAGCACUCUGCCUCCGCCGCGCUUCUACAUGGAGAAGAAGGUCCAACACGAGAGCCUGGUGAUCGGAGCAAUAGAGAACGCCUUCAAGGAGAUGGACGCCCAGAUCGAGAGGGAGAAACAAGUGUACAGCAUCAGCGGCGGAUGCACGGCGCUCACCGUGGUUUACCUGCUGGGGAAGUUGUACGUCGGGAACGCAGGCGACAGCAGGGCCAUCAUCAUUAGAGACGGCGAGAUCGUUUCCAUGUCGACGGAGUUCACGCCAGAGUCAGAACGGCAGCGACUGCAGUUCCUGGGCUACAUGCAGCCGCAGCUGUUGGGGAACGAGUUCACGCACCUGGAGUUCCCCCGCAGGGUCCAGAGGAAGGAGGUGGGCAAGAGGAUGCUCUACAGGGACUUCACCAUGAACGGGUGGGCAUACAAGACUUUAGAGGAUGAAGAUCUCAAGUUUCCUCUUAUUUACGGCGAAGGCAAAAAGGCGCGGGUUCUGGCAACCAUCGGAGUGACCCGGGGGCUCGGUGACCACGACCUCAAAGUUCACGACUCCAACAUUUACAUCAAGCCGUUCCUGUCCUGUAUUCCCGAGGUGAAGGUGUAUAACCUGACGCAGCACGAACACGGCACCGACGACGUCAUGGUGAUGGGAACCGACGGCCUCUGGGACGUCCUGACCAACGAGGAGGUAGCCGAAUCCGUCAGCACUUUCCUGUCCAACUGCGACCCCGACGACCUGCACAGGUACACGAUGGCGGCCCAAGACCUGGUGAUGCGAGCGCGGGGCGUGCUGAGAGACCGAGGCUGGAGGAUCACCAACGAGCGGCUGGGCUCCGGAGACGACAUCUCCGUCUUCAUCGUCCCCUUGAUGUACGGCAACCGGCAGCCCUGACCCGGUCUCCGCAGGGUGGGGCGUAAACGUGAACCGGAUCGAUGAGUCCUGAACACUGAAAACUCCUUCUGAUUACCUAUUUUAUUUAUUUCCCUUUUAAGAAAAGAAAAAAAAACAUAUAAACAGACUCUGCCGGUGCUUCUGAAUCAGUUUAAAAUUGAAGAAACUGAUAUUUGAAGGUUUUAAAAGGCGGCGAUUCCCAAAGCUACAACCGGACGUCUGAAAUAAGGAGGUGAGGGAAGAAAAACUUCUUUCUUGUCCUACUUUUCUCACCCUUUCUUUCUCUUCUGUCCUGUUUGGUCGAUCUUGUUUCAAGAAUCAUACCUCCGUCGUCUGAACCUGGACCCAGCUGACAGGUCGGCUGCUUUUUUUGUUUCUAUUUCUUCUUCUCUCCGUUUUGCCACAAUGUGGCGUUUGAAGGCUCAGUUGCUGACGAACGGCGUCCUCGGACAAACGGCGUGACCGUUGAAGGCAACCCGAUUGAAGUUAAAAACCUCCUGAACCGACAUUUAUGUGCUAAAAGUUGGUUCUAAAGUUUACACUGCUGGGCUCACAUAAAGUUUGGUUAGUAUUUAAUUUGUCUACGGUUUUAUCUUUUCACUGUGUUGCACACUAACAGACAUGAGUUAAUGUUCUUUAACGAUGCACUUUUAAAAAAACAACAAAACAAAAAAAAAUCAUAUUUUUUAUUUGCUUUGCAUUGCUUUGCUAAGGUAUCCCAAGCACUUUAAGCUUUUUCCCAUUUUCUCAUGUUGCACUGGAUUUGAGUCUGGACCUGGAUUGAGCCUUUUAAUAGGAACACUUCCCUGUCCCCUGUGGAUUAUAGCAUCAACACAGCACCAUACUGCCACUACUAUGUUUCGCCAUGGCACGCUUUUGUACUCUUCCAUCCUUUUUCUAUUUAUAAGCUUCCAUCUUCAGCUCCUUUAUAGUACAAAAUUAACCAAAACAGUGUAUGAAUACUUUUGAUCCAAAAUCAGGGUCUUGCAAAAAAACUUUUUUUUUCAACCCGACGUCUGCUGAACUGUAACUCCUCUUUUUUUUCCUGUUUUUUUUUCUUCUGAAGCGUCAGAUUUUCCUGUUACCUUUCAAAGGGAUUUAGAGCUGUAGCUUUCCAUGCUUCCUGAAAGUCUUUCAAAGAUUUUUUUUUAUUUUAUUUUAUUUAUUUAUUUUUUUGUCGGCUGUUCAAUCAUUAUCAGUCCGACGCCUGAUCUGUUUAUACGUACCACGUUUUUGGUCCUGUCCGAUUAAGCCAGCUAACAUUGAGCUUUUUAAGAUGCUAGAAUGAUUCAGAGCUCGCUUGUAUAGAAAAAGCUCAAACGAAAUCCUCUGAAUCACUGGUUAAAAACAUCCAAAUUCAAACAAGUUUUAAUUUUAUGACUACAAAAACUGCAAAAAGUGAAGUUUUUGUACAUUUCGAAAUCCGUCAUACAAAUGCACUUUUUUUUAUUUAUUUAUUUAUUUUUUUUCGUGCCAAUCUAAGCCAACCAAAAGUUAUCGCAUCAAAUUUCCAUCGGUAUAUAAAUCCCUGCACAGACUCCAUGUUGGACUUAAUGAAUUGCGCACCAGUGUAGUUGCAUUCAAGAGCCAAGAUAUGAAAAGCGUGGAGGCAAAUAUUCCCUGCAGCAGGGAGAAUGUAAUAAAUAGCUAAACCUAAAAUAUAAUCAUUCUUAAAAUAUGUAAAAGCUUCUCUUUUUUUCCCCCCGUUUUGCUCUGUUUUAUGUUUUCAGAAGCUUUAGGUCGACACCAACUGCCUCGGCUGAAAGUAUCUCGAUGUGUGGAUGUAGUUUUUAGUAUAUGCAGUAAUUUGUUUUAGGCCUGGGAUGAGCGACGGUGCAAUGGUUUAAUUUUGCUGUUUCUUUUUUAUGAGCUUUUUAUUUAUGUAAUGCAUCUCGUAAUUUCUGUCAUGAAUGUCCGAGCCAGAUGUUUAUAAGACCGUGGGAUUUCCUAGCUUUGGAAGCAUCCAGAAAUUUCUUGCAAAAGCUGCAGGAUGACAUAAACAAUUGCUUAUGAAUUUUUACAACCCUAAUAUAGACAAUUUUUUUUGCAUGCUUGUGCCAGUUUGAGUUCAUUUGCUGGGCUUUAAAAGGAGAACUGAGUCUAAAGAGUUUAGCAGAAGAUCAGAGAAGCAUCCAUUAACAAAAUAAUAAUUAAAAAAAAAUGCUAAUUGCUAAGUUUUAAAAUGAGCUUAUUUUAAAAAAUUGAGAAGGAUGUUUUUUUAAACAAUUUAAAAAACUUCAAAUGAAUAACCAUUCUAAGAAAAAAUAAAUAAAAAAUUGGUGAAUAAAUCUGAAUGUUAGAGCAUCUGCAGAGAAUAAAACAUAUCAAAGCAAUAAGGCUACAAAGCUAAUAGCAUUAGCAGCUAAUAGUUAAGGAGUUAAAAAAAGGGCUUUUUGAUGGAUUUUUGUUAAAUUGUUGAUGGUUACCCUGGUGAAGCUAAAGUAUCAAUAUACUCUAAAAAAGUACUAUUGUUUCUCUUUAUCAAUAAACAGAAUUUUUUACUAAAAUUUCAACAAUAGACGUUUCUCUUGAUGUAGUUUAGAUCAGCUAUUUUAACUUAAUUUUGCCCUGAGAUCGGGGAAGGUCCAGGUCGCGACCUUGAAAUAAACUUUCUUAUCCUGUUCCUCAUCUGUUAAAAAGUGUAACAAUACAAAGCGUAAUAUUGCCUCCAAAUAUUGCAGCAGAAUAACACAGUUUAGUUUCUUUUUUAGAUAAAAAUGUAUAACCCUUUGAGAGAGAAAGGGUAAAUAAACAACAAAUAUUACUUAGCUUAUUUGAAAUGCACUAAGGUGUUAGAUUUUAGAUCUAAAGUGUAUUUUCAAAAUUUAAUUAUCUCCAAAAAUGUAUUGUACAACCUACAACUAUAAAGAAAGUUUCAGCAAGCUGCUGCUUAGCUCAAUGUAGCUUAGCUUAGCUCAUUUUAGCUAAUUUACCAUAGUUUGGGCCUGAGAUUAAUAUGAGGCUAAGCCAAACUCUUUAUGGGCUUUGAAAUGAACCGAACUUUAAACUCAGAAGUGUAUUUUUAAAGUUGUAUUGUGUCUGAACAAUAAACUGAAAACGUUAUCACCAUAAAACAAUCAGAUGCUUAGCUUAAAAUGUCUUAGCAUAGCUUAUUUUAGCUAAUUUAACUUCGUUCAGCCUUAAGAUUCAGGUAAAUCAAAAUUAAACUAUUAUUGAUGAAAUACACUAAAAGUUUAUAUCUCGUUUCUUAUGAAUGCACUUACAAUCAACAGUUCAUACUCCUUCUGCUGUCCGAUAUUUGUUGCACCGAAGUUAACCGUCUUGGACCUUUUUUGAAACCAUCUGCAUUACAUCAGAGCAGCAGCUGUUUUUUUUUUUUUAUUUCCUGGUGCUGUGCUCCUCUUGUACCUUCCAUUGAAGAAAUCCCAUUUGCUAAUUAAUGACAUGUUUAUAUUACAUCCCGAGUCAUCUGAACGUGAUUGAGACCCUUUCGUAGAAGAAUGUGAAGUACGAUUUAUUUGUGUCAUCACCCAACUUUUGCACAUCGGCUCAGGUUCGGCUAUGAAUUUACGACUAGCUGUACAUGAAGUCUUUAAUCCAGUUCCAUCUACCUGAUUGUUGUCGUUUUUGCUGUGCUAUAAUCGCUGUUCUGUUUUUGCCUACGUGACACUACCAGGUUAGGAAACUUGUGAAGCUGAGGGGGAUUUUUUUGUAGCAACGAUCGACUUUGAGGCCUAGUUGGGGGGGGUUGUUCUUAGCUAACUAUCGUGCUACCUUUACUUCAAUGUGAAUGUGAGAUGUAAUUUUAUAAAGGAGCACGACCUCAUUGGGUGAUAAACUACUAUUUUGAUGUCUCCUCGCACAAGCUUGACGUCGGAAGGAGACAAGCGAUGUUUACCUUCAGUGUUUCUUACCCAGGAAUCAAAAAAAACACAAUAAAGAUCCAUGUCAAACAAUA